AUGGGUCUCAGUCCUCAAAUCACCAACUUGGUCAUCAUCCUGGGGAUGAUGCAAGUGUCAAAAAAGAUCCCAAUGGAAGAUCCAAAUGUUUUAAAUAUGAUACGCGUGGGCUAUGUAAUUUCAAACCUUGUAAUUAUUAGCAUCUAUGCCUAUGUUCAUUUCCAGAUUACAAAGAAAAAGGACUUAACCACCCUCAAGUACAUUGAUACGCCUCCCAUGGGAUCUGCGGAAGAACCAAAAUUAAUCACGACAACCCACCAUGCUUACGAUGUAACUCAAAUGAAGGCUUUAUAUAAAGCUCAACUUAUGGGUGUCGGUAUGAUGGCAGUUAUGCAUCUCUAUUUCAAAUACACUAAUCCUCUGAUAAUUCAAUCAAUUAUUCCCUUGAAGGGUGCAUUAGAAGGCUCAGAGGUUGCAAUUCACUUAUUUGGAAAACCAGCGGUUGGAGAAUUGAAGCGCCCUUUCAAAGCGCCUCCAGGGCUCUUAAGUAGCCUUCAAGGAGGAGCUGCCCAGGUUCAAGACAAGAAAAGCAUUGAAGCCGCGGAAAAAUCUGGUCGAGGCGGUGCCAAAGAGGAAUAA